GCCACAGAUCUGUCAGUAACCGGAUACGGCGUGGUGGUCGUUGCAAUUGUAGUUUUGUGUUCUUUUUCCUUUCACAUAUCCUGCAUUCAAAGUUACACGUCUGUUCGGAUAGGUUAAAAUAAAUUAAUUAGCCCAGAAACGGCGGGAAUGGUUUAGUAAAUUACGACUCGGUUCAGUCACGGUAGAGCUUCGGAUCUCCAAUUUCUUCCGGUGGGUUCAGCUUGCGCAGUUUGUUGCCGGACAUGGCAGGCGGAUUCAAAGCGGGAUUUGUACGGCUCAUGCAAUAUUUGCAGGACCCGGAGCACGUUGCACGCUUUCAGCGGCUGUGUGGGGUGCGCGCCACGGAACCUCGUGACAGGCUUGGUAACGGGGCACCGUACGUUCGCCACGAAGACGUUCAAAACGGAGGCGGAGAUGGCAUCCGUCGUAGAGACGCAGAGAAGGAGAAACGGAAUAACGGGGUGGCGAACGGGGCGGCGGCGUGCACCGGGGAUGACGCUAUGGGAUCUACGGUAAAGCCGAUGCGCAGAAACUCACUCACCGGAGAUGUCGGACAGGAUUUCUUAAUCGAGAACAAACUUCUCUACUACCUUUUCACGUUCGGUACCGAGCUCGGAAACGAACUGUUCUACAUCUCGUUUUUUCCGUACUUAAUGUGGGGCGUGGAUGCGUUUGUAAGCCGGCGGCUCGUGGUGGUCUGGGUGUGGGUCAUGUAUCUCGGGCAGUGCACGAAAGAUGUGUUCCGGUGGCCGAGACCCUCCUCUCCUCCAGUGGUCAAGGUGGAGGUGUUUUAUAAUUCAGAAUACAGCAUGCCAUCCACUCAUGCUAUGUCCAGUACCGCCAUACCACUGUCCCUGCUCCUGAUCACAUGUAGUCGGUGGGAGUACCCUCUGAUGCUGGGUGUCUUUCUGGCCGUCAGCUGGUGUGUGCUGGUGUGUUUGAGUCGCAUAUACAUGGGCAUGCACUCCAUACUGGACAUUAUUGCCGGUGUCCUGUACAGUUUGCUGAUCAUAUUGAUCUUCGGGCCGGCUUUGGACACCAUCGACACCUUUAAUCAGACCCAUCCCUACGCCCCGGUCCUCAUCGUCUCACUGCACUUAGGACUUGGCCUCUUCUCUUUCACCUUGGAUACCUGGAGCACGUCACGAGGCGACACCGCCCAGAUCCUUGGAUCCGGGGCGGGUAUCGCUUUGGCAUCCCACGUCAACUACAAAGUGGGCCUGUUGCCAGACCCACCUAUGUCAAUGCUUCCUCUCCAACCUCCGCCUUUCACACUCAGUCUGAUCGGGAUCUGCGCACUGCGAUUUAUCCUGGGUGUGAUCAUUCUCCUGGCAACCAGAGCCGUGAUGAAGGCUCUCACAAUCCCACUCGUAUGCCGGUUGUUUGGGAUUCCGAGCAACGAUGUUCGGAAAGCCAGGCAGCACAUGGAGGUGGAGCUGCCGUAUCGAUACAUCACCUAUGGAACUGUGGGCUUCAAUGCGCUUUUCUUUGUGCCUUUUGUGUUUUCACACAUAGGACUGUUGUGAUAAGAUGGAUGAGAUAUCCAUUAAAAUUUUGGCCAAUAGGAGCCCAAUUGGACUGCAUAGGCCCCUCCUCUAAUCAAUGAUUGGACAGAACUAACGCCAGUCAUUUAAACACUGUGCUUUCACAUUGCAGAAGUUCUUCUAAUGUAAUUUGUUCUCCAUCAUUUGUAGUUUAGCACCAGUACAAACACCUAUAUGUGGUAUUAUCAUUGACUCAGAGAUUAUUGCCUUUUUCUAUACAGUUUGCAUUUCAUAGUAGCAUAUCAGUCCGUUUUUAGAUUUUAAAACUUUGCAAAUGUUAUUCGUAACUUGAAACAGCCUGUCAUCAUUUUAGACCAGCAAUACUUUGGUUUGUUAUGCGUUUAUAAGAGUGGAUUUUGGUAUAAUAGCAGCAAUAAUACAGCUUGUUCCUGCCACACUGAGUUUGUUAGAUGGAUUUAAACUCUUGCAUCAAGAGUUGAGAAUGCUUUGUUUUAUCCAUAGGCUGCAUUCGCUCUGUUUUGACAGCCUUUGUCGGGCGUGACAGAUGCAAAUUAGUCUUAAACUAGCUACAGUGGAUUUACUGGAUCUGAGGUUUAAAUUUCUCGCUUUUGAAAACUGAUUCUGCAAGUGUCUGGACAAAGUGUGUCCUUAAAACUAAAAUGCCAAAUUGACAAAAUUGAACCAGCAUGACUGUUAGAAAAAGUUUUUUAGACUGUGAUUUGAAGCAGGUUUGACAAUUUCUCCAAAGAACUUUUUAUAAUGAUAGAUUGCCUUAACAGACCACUCAAAGUAGUUUAAACCAGGUUAAACCCAAACUGGGUUGUUUUGACAAUGCACUAGUGUGAUUCUAUUCUAAAUACUAUUAGAUUUACAUUGGUUUAUUAUGUUUAUAGAUUAAGUCUGGCUUAUAAUUUUAUAUCUAAAAGAAGGUUUGUAAAUUGCUGCUUUAAAUUCGGUACUACGUGUCCAAGUUGAAAAAUUGUGGCUUUAUUAGUAUAUUUUUAAUGAAAUGCAACACUACUAAAAACAAACUAACAAGUGCUUUCAGCCAUGUUAAAACAAGGUAAAUAUCAGGUAUGCUUGUGAAGUUAAAGCUAUACAAAUAAUUAUUGUUGUAAUAAUGUUUUAAAAUGCACUGUUUCCAAAAUGCACUGUUCUGCUAUCUGCUGUUGUGUGUGUUUGUCAGUGUGGAGACAGGUUUGUGGUUGGGCUUGUGUGACACGGCUGUGUUUUUUGCUCUUCCUGUGGCCUUGUGUAUCUUGAUGUACAUGUAAGUUCCCUUUUGCUGAAAGGGGAAAUAAUUUUCCAUAGUUCCUUAAGUAAACACAAUUGUUUUUAUUCUCCGCAGGAUGAGGAAAACAAUGAUUGAUACCUGA